AUGGACGGCCUCUGCCGCGCCAAGGGGCGGCUCGGCAAGCCCUCCGACCAGAGCGCGGGCUCGCCGCCCAUGAUGUACGCGACGCUGCGCUACCAGAACAACUUGGAGCGCGUGUGCGAGGCGGCGGAGCGCGGCGUGCUUCCGCGAGCCUACCCGCCACCAGUGCAGCUCGGCAUACACGUAAGAGCGCAGCUGAGCGUGCCGUGCCCCAACCUCGAUGCCGCCGCGCGGCAGCUCGGCACCAACGACGUCUUCAUCGAGACGAAGUUCGAUGGGUUCCGAUUUCAGUUGCACUGGCACGGGCGCGACAGGCAAAUGCGCUGUUUCUACCGCAGCGGCGUCGAGUGCACGGCCGACGUCGGCGACCUGCUCCCGGCGGUGGAGCUGGCGCUUGGCGGCGAUCCCGAGCAGGUGCUGCGCCGCGACGCUACCGACGAGGCGACGCGCUUGCGUUUCACGUGGCUCGAAAAGGCGUGGGCGAAGGUCACGCCGGAGCAGCGCGCGGCUUUCACGCACAACACGGCGGACCUCGUGCUCGACGGCGAACUGCUCGUAUACGACGAGUCGAUGACACCAAAGGGCCUCUACGACGAGCUCGGCACGCGAUCCGGCAUCGCCGCCUUUGGCACCAACUUUUGGGUGCGGCAGACGGCCGACGGCAAGCCGUCAGGCUACUCGCGGGAGGACGCGCGCCGCCACUACCUUGUCAAGGUGUUUGACGUGCUGCGGUACAACGGCGAGGAGAUUCUGCGCCGGCCGCUGCACGAGCGGCGCGAGCUGCUCGAGUCGGGCCGCUGCUUCAUCGCCCUACCGCACUACUUGGAGCUGACGCAGAGCGAUCGCGUCGACCUGGCCUCGCCGGAGGGACCGCUGCAGGCCGCCUUUGACGAGGCGCGGGCGGCGCAGGCCGAGGGCUUGAUGGUCAAGGCGGCGCACCAGCCUUACGUGCCAAACGGCCGCACCAAUGUGCUCAAGUGUAAGGUCGAGUUCAUACCUGGCCUCGGCGACACCGUCACACUGCUGCUGCUGGGGGCGCGUGUGCCGCGAACGCUCGGCGCCGGCGACGAGGCGAGCAUGCUGGUGGAGUUCGCCAUUGGCGCGCGCGAGUCGGAUGCGGCAGCUGCGCCACUUGUGUGGCUCUUCAACACUUCGGCGCUGCCUUGGCGCGGCUCCUCGCUGACCCAGCCGAUGCUCAAGCGGCUCUACUUAUGCCUGACUGAGGGCUGGGGGCACCGGCCCGCCCUAAUGAACCGGCUAGGCGUGGACGAGCCGCCACCGGCAUGGAUGCGGCAGUGCCCCACAAGCACGAUGGCGCGGCCCCAUUGGGUGCUGCUGGAUCCCGAAAGCGCGCCCGUCGUCGAGGUGAUGGGCUCGCGCUUCUUGCGGCGGUACAACCAGGACCAGGACGCGUCGUCCAACCGGUCGCUCCCGUGGACGAUCCGCUUCCCGCGCGUGGCGAGGUGGUUCGAGGAGACGGACGGCGUGGUCGUGGACACCGUCGCGAGCUUCCGCGCCAAGGCGGUCGCCGCGUUCAGCUCGAGCGGCCCGCAGGACGACGACGACGACGGCGCAGAGGAGGAGGCGCCCGCCGAGCCGCUGGUUCCGCUGAAGCCGCUCACGUGGCACCUCGCCCCACCAUCGGUGCCCGUCGAGAUGCCCGAGACCAGUCGGUGGCAGGCGGAGCUGCGCGACGCCGCGCCGCCCACCCCCGCCUCGUCCAGCUCGUCCAUGCCGUCGAUGCGUUCGCCCAGAGGGCCGGCCGCGAGGCGAUCCGGCUACCCCGGGGACGCAGCGAGCAAGGCCAAGCAGCAGCCCUUCACCGAGGUGCCGCCAACCACUACGCUGCUCGACGUGGACGAGGCGACGAGGCAGCUGCACAAGGCUAAGACGGCGAUCGUGCAGUGCUCCGACGGCACGCUGUACUACUUGCGGGGCAUCGACGCGGGCGGGGCUGUCGUGCAGCCUCUGCACGACGGCGGCGAGCGGACACACCCUCUCUCGAGACUCCGACAGCUCACCGGCUACGACAGCGACGAAGUCGGGCUGUUGGAUGACCCGCGAGUGAGCCUUGCAAAGCGCCAACGCAGAGGGGCGUGA